AUGCCCGCGCCGGGCUUCCAGGCGCUGAUUCUCUGCGGACCUGGCGUUUCUCUGGACACUUUCACCUCCAGCCCAAAGGACUUCCCCAAGGCACUGGUCCCUAUCGCCAAUCGCCCCAUGGUCUGGUAUCCGCUGGAGUGGUGCUACCGCAUGGGAAUCACGAACAUUACUCUGAUUACUCCGCCGGAAUCAGCCGAAGCUCUUGAAGCCGCCCUCUCGCAGAACCCGCAUUUGACCUCGUUGCCUUCCCCGAAGCCUGAUGUCCUUGCCCCGGAAGACCUGACGCAAACUACUGGAACCGGUGAACUCUUUAGGAUAAAGGAGGUCCAGGAUAUCAUUGAGGGAGACUUCAUUGUCCUGCCUUGUGACCUGGUGUGCGAACUCGACGGCGCAAGCUUACUGGAGUCCUGGAUGAUCGAGCAGGGCGGUCUUGGCGGAGCUACAGGAGGCAGGGAGAACAACCGCUUCAUUCCUAUGAGUACUGGAGGCGAAAAGAGCGGGAGGAGGGGCGGUCUCGGCGUGUGGUAUCAGACCAAGGGCGAGCACGCCGUGAAAGGCGAAGAGACGGAUUUCAUUGCAACAACUCCGCUGCCCAAGUCCAUUGUGCCGCCACACUCUGGGUCACUACGUCCGAGCCUGGCCAAUUUGGUCUACUCGAUUCCCACAGAUGUGCUGAACGACAUCACCGAGGAGAACAGGAAUUUCCCCAUCAGACACACGCUCCUCAAGAAGCACGGGAGGGUUAGGAUGCUGACGACAACGCGGGACUCUCACGUUUAUUUCUUCCCGUACUGGGUGCUGGACAUGAUCAAGAAGAACGAGAAGUUUGAUUCGCUUAGCGAUGCUCUGGGAUGGUGGGCAAAGGCUGGCUGGCAAUCUGGGUUGGGCGAGAAGCUCGGCCUGAAAGAGAUUCUGCGCCCUUCAGAAAGCGAGGACGGCGACGAUGUAAUGGCUGCCAGCGGCAUUCUCCAAGAGGACAUUGACAUUGCAGGUCUUAGCAGCACAUUCCAGAGCAAAGCCAGCUCUGGCGACGCGCAGCCUAUUUUCGCCUCAAGAGUAUCAGACCCCGAUGGCCCGUCCCUUCAAGUCACCGCACACGAUGUUGAGCCCAAGCUUGAAGUCCCUUCCAUCCUUGCCUACGUCCAGCCGACCGAGCCAUCUGCGCCAUUCAUCCGCCGCGUUGACACAGCAGCCCUUCUUCUGAACGUCUCGCUACGUCUGGCUAAGCUACCUUCGAUCGAGGAAGUUGGCAAAAAUGCGGCCUCGCCUUUCGCUCACCCGGCCAAGGUUGCGCACCCCGACAGUGUGCCUAAGAAAUGCCGUGUUGAGGCCGAAAACAGCCUCAUCGCCGAGAACGUCAUCAUCGAAGAGAAAUGCAACAUCAAGGAGUCGGUCAUAGGCGCAAACUGCAAGAUCGCCACCGGAGCGCGUCUGCAGAGGUGCUUGUUGAUGGACGGUGCUGAGGUCGGUGAGAACUGCCAGCUCACCGGCUGCAUUCUGGGUAGGAGAUGUAAGAUCGAGGGUGGCCCAGCGAAGUCAGACGAAAAGACCAUUCUGAAGGACUGCGAGGUCCAAGAGGGUCACGUCGUUGAAUGGGGCAAGGAAUGGAAGGACGAGAAGUUCAAGCGCUUUGGUGGAGACUUGGAUGAAGAUGAAGGUGAUGAUGCGUUUGGAGAUGAUGACCCCAUGAAUGACUUUAUCGAGUAA